AUGACGGCCGAAACUUACGGGCAUCGCUUAGUUUACUCGGAAAAAGAUAUUUUCUCUAAUGACGUCAUGUUAGAGUACGCUACAGAAGAUUGUUAUCUUACGUGGCCAAGAUCUCCCGAUUCGGGAAGGUCUAGUUUGGAGCCGACACCCUCGAUCGAUGGAAGCAUCAGCCAUGACUCUACGCACAUCGCCUACCGUGGCCUGUCCAGGGACAUGGUGCUAGAAGACAGCGCGGAAGACAACGACUUACUAGAAGGUUCCGGAAAGAGGAGAGGGAGAGCAACCAGCGCAGCUGUCUUGAGGAGACGUCGGUUGGCCGCUAACGCGAGGGAAAGACGAAGAAUGCAGAAUUUGAACAAAGCAUUUGACAGGCUCCGUGGUCACCUUCCGUCUCUAGGAGCUGACCGGCAACUCUCUAAAUACGAGACCCUGCAAAUGGCUCAGACGUACAUAGCCGCCCUUUACGAGCUCCUGCAGUAA